UCGGAACUACCGUUGAAAUGUCUGAUAUUUUGGUAUCUAAUAUUUCUGAUGAUGGUUGGAAAGUUCAAGGCAGGAAACGCAGAAAUUCUCGGAAAAGACCUGAACGGAGCGUCACCAUGGCGACAACACCGGGAUUAAUCCUGACUGAUCAGAAGGGUUCUUUGGGGUCAUACCCAUCAAUGAAACAGCCCUCCUCUAAUUCUAAUCCUUUCCUGGUGUUGGCCGAAAUAAGCGAAGAAGACUUUCAAACCGCCACACCAAGAAGGUAUUCAUGUCUCAAAAACUGAGACAAUUGCUGG